AUCUCUCCUGGCCGCAUUCUCUCUCUCUCUCUCUCAAAUCUUGAAAGUCACAUCCCCUCCGUUCCUCCCUACUACUUUCUCUCUCUCCCCAUCCUCGCUCUCUCGCUCUACACGUACACAUCCACGCAUAUAUAUUGCGAAUAUGUGGCUUUAUUUUGGUUCCAAUACCUAACAAGUAGGUAGAAUAGAAUUCUCUUUCUUUCUUUCUUUCUUUUCUUCUGGUACAUCAGAUUCAAUCAAUGCCAAUGGGAAGCAGCAGCAAAUGGAGGAAAGCGAGGGUUGCCCUGUCGUGCCUCCACGCCUCCAGCACUGUAGAGGACUCUUCUUCGCCUCCCGCCGUCCAGUCCGCCGGCCGGAGGUCCUUCGGCUCCGGUUUCAUCUCUCGGUCGCUUUCGGCGGCGGCGAGAUCUUCUGAAUCAACAGAGGGGACUUGUGCGAUAUGCCUGACCACAAUGAAACCAGGCCAGGGCCAUGCCAUUUUCACCGCAGAAUGCUCCCAUUCCUUCCACUUCCAUUGCAUCACUUCAAAUGUGAGUCAUGGAAACCAAUGUUGCCCGGUUUGCAGGGCAGAAUGGAAGGAAAUACCCUUUCAUAAUCCUUCCAAUCUUUCCCGUGAAAGGGAAAGGGAAAGGACAAACACUAUUGCUAUGCCCCGAGCGAAUAAUGCCUUUAUGUAUGGUUUAAGACAGCUUCCUCCUCCUCAUGAGCCCACCAGUGUUUUUGAUGAUGAUGAACACGUUGAUCAUCAACCUGAAAAUGGCUCAUUAAAUGGGGAAGCAAUAGAUGUCAAGAUAUACCCAGAAUUCUCAGCUGUAUCAAGAUCAGCCACUCAUAAUAACUUCACCAUUCUAAUCCAUCUGAAAGCUCUUUCAAGCAGAAGGCAGAAUUCGCGUGCUCCGGUGGAUCUCAUCACAGUGCUCGACGUAAGCGGAAGCAUGGCGGGUACCAAGCUUGCUCUACUAAAACGAGCCAUGGGAUUUGUGAUACAACACCUUGGCCCAUCUGACAGGCUUUCAGUAAUUUCCUUCUCUGGCACUGCCCGCCGCCUAUUCCCACUUCGUCGAAUGACCGAUGGCGGACGGCAGGAAGCGUUACAAGCCGUUAAUGGGCUGUCAUCAAACGGUGGGACGAACAUCGCCGAGGGCUUGAGGAUGGGUGCCAAAGUGAUGAUGGACCGAAAGUGGAAGAACCCAGUUGGGAGUAUCAUACUGUUAUCAGAUGGGCAGGAUACGUAUACUGUCCCCAGAUUUGGUGGUUCCAGUCCAGAAAAUGAUUACUUGUUGCUUUUAUCAUCCUCCAUUAAUCGGAACAGUGAUGCGGGCAUCAGUAUUCCAGUUCAUGCUUUUGGGUUUGGUGUGGACCACGAUGCAGCAGCAAUGCACUCUAUCGCUGAAAACUCGGGGGGAACAUUUUCUUUCAUAGAAGCCGAGAGUGUGAUACAGGAUGCUUUUGCGCAGUGCAUUGGUGGGCUUUUGAGUGUAGUGGUUCAGGAAUUACAGGUCAGAUUUGAGUGUGUAAACCCAAGGAUGAAGCUUGGUUCAGUAAAAGCAGGAAGUUAUAAAGCAACAUUGGAGCCUGGUUCAAAGACGGGUAUCAUAGAUUUUGGAGACUUGUAUGCUGAAGAAGAGAGGGAUUUUUUAGUAACAGUUGAUAUUCAUCCGGUUGGCGACUCGUGUAAUGAGAUGUCGCUGUUGAAGGUUAAAUGUAAUUACAGUGACCCCAUUACAAAAGAAUCGGUGACUUUGGGAGAAGCCAAUAUUAAUGAAGUGAAGAUUCAGAGGCCUGAAACUACCGGAGGAGAUUUGGUGGUGUCUGUGGAGGUGGACAGGCAGCGCAACAGGCUGCAGGCAACGGAGGCGAUUGAAGAAGCAAGAGCCGCUGCUGAACGGGGGGAUUUAUCUGGUGCAGUGUCUGUUUUGGGACGGUGUCUCGAGGCAUUAUCGGAAACGGUUUCGGCUCAAGCCGGAGACCAGCUGUGUGUUGCUUUGGCUGCAGAAAUAAGGGAAAUGCAAGAAAGGAUGGCGAACCAACGUGUUUAUGAGUCGUCCGGAAGGGCAUAUGUUUUGUCUGGGUUGAGCUCGCAUUUGGGGCAGAGAGCAACGGCGCGUGGGGAUUCUACGGACAGUACAAGCAUGGUCCAGACAUAUCAGACCCAGACGAUGACAGACAUGGUUACUCACUCGCAGAAUUUGUCAUCGUUUGGCGGUUCGUCCCCAUCGGUUAGACCACCUCAAUCGUUUUCUGCCCAACCUCAACCAAGCAUGACUGAUGAUCUCAAGAACUCAGAACCAUUAAUGGGCCAGCCUGAUAGCAGCUUGAAAUGUGACUUUUUGUGGUAUGAGCUGUUGGACUUCAAACGGGCCACUGGGUUUGGUGGGCAUUUGUGAAAGGUUCCCUGCUCCAAGUUUCUUCUUCUUCUUCUCUCUCUCUCUCUCUCUUUGGGCAAGGUGUUGGAGAGAGCAGACCGGAGGAGAUUUUGCGGCUUUAGUCGAAACUGUUUUUGUUAAUGCCAAAACUAUUGUGCAUAAAAGUCUUAUACUUUGCAAAUGGUACAAGCUUUUUAUGCACAACAGUUUUGACAUUAACAAAAACAGUUUUGGCAUUAACACCACCCACUAUUAAAGUUGUUCAUUAUAAUGUUAAACUUGCCCACAUCUUGGCUACUACGGCUUUGAGAAAUAUGGGUUAAACAUUGUAUGUGGUUGUUUUCAUAUUUAUGUGUCAUGUGUGAUGCAUUUCCUAAAAAUAAAA